AUGUCGCAACCACCAGAUGUAGGCGCAUUGCGCUUGAACGACGACGUAGAGGACGAAUACGACAACAUCCCAUACGAAGACGAAGACAUUGACUACGACAUGGACAUCGAUCUUGGUCCUACCCCUUCCAAGCCCAGCGCUCCUCGCCCAGAAACAUCAGAGUCGCGAGAGGCUGCUUUGCGCAAAGAGCUGGACAGUGUGCGACAGAUCAACAAGGUCAUAGAAGAUGUUGUGCAGAGUCUAGAGAAAGCAAAGGGCAAUAUGGAUAACGUCAAUCGCACAGUGCACUCGGCCUCGACUCUUCUUGACACAUGGACGCGCAUUCUCUCACAGACCGAACACAAUCAACGCCUACUUCUCAACCCGAACUGGCAAGGAGCCACACAAGAUAUCCAAGACAUGGAAAACGAAUCUUUCGUACGACAACAACAAGCCGAAAGACGCGCCGCCGAAGACCAGGCCAGAAGAGAAGCCACACAAAGACGCGCUGAGGAAGAGGAACGGAAAAAGGCUGCUCCACCACCGGCGACUCGUGGCUCGAGACUCAGGGGCAGAGUCGGAACAGCAUCGAGUCGCUUGACUGCGCAACCAUCGUCCGCUUCUUCGACAUCUUCGGGCUAUGUCGGCGUUGGAGGUCAGGGUGGUCGAGGAAGAGGUGUUCCAAGAGCUGGCAGUAGUAUUGGCAGUGGCAUAGGCAGGGGCUCCGUACGAGGAUCAACAAGAGGUCGCGCCCUGAAAUGA